CCCUAAUGAGGUCUGGGGGGAUUACCUGAAGUCUCACCCGCGUGCUACACAUCUACGCGGGAAAAGGAUUGAGAGAAUCGAUGACCUUGCGGUCAUUGUCAACUCCGAUCAAGCAACUGGACGAUAUGCGUAAGGAAGUACGAUUAUGGCCACAUCAUCCUCUAGGAUUCAGCGAGAUCUCAAUGAGUCCUGGAGAGACGCUGAAGAUGAUCUGGAGGAUACCAUUGACCUCUCUCAAGACCACAUAGCGGACUCGUCAGGUGGAAAUUUUUCCUCAGAUACUCCAGCGAUGAGAAGACGUGGAACCCGUGGCACUCCUAGUCUGACUCCAGAGUCUGACUGUAACCGAGAUGGGGGUGCAUCAAAGCAACGUAUGAGGCCUCCUCGUCCUUGCGAUGUACUCGGCAUCUCCCUUAAUACCGUUGCAGAGGCUAUGCGCGAUUUUGGCCUCGGCAAUGAGGUAAAUCAUACUACAAAGGUACUUGAUGUUCUUGAGGAGGUGCAAGGGUUGACCAACUUGGAAUUUAUCGAAGUUGGGCAACUGUUGAGCAGGGACGAGAAGCUGGCAUCAUUUUUUAUUAGUCUUCGACCCGAGAGGCGCGUUGAGUGGCUGAGGAGAACACUCCGCGAGAAUGAUGUUAAUGCAGUAGUUGGGUCGGUCUGACAUGCUCUUACCCGUCGUUAUGUUGAUCUGUUGUUUUAUGGGACUGUAAUAACUUUUUAUAUGCUGGGGACUGUUUUUUUUUUUUUUUUGGAUGUUUGGAUGACACAAUUGGUAUAUCGUGUAUACCAAUUUGAUAGGUGUGGUAAUAGACUGAUUUUCUGGUUUAAUAUAUUUUAUAUAUGUUCCGCCACAUGCUUGUUGCUUAGCACAUUAAGACAGAUGGAGCCACACACGUCGUAUGGAUGAAGGGUAGGUAUUAUUAGUUAUUUGAAAUUCAAAUCCUCUUAUCGUAUUUUUGAUUUAUUUGUCAUAUAACAAAUUUCAGUAUUUAGUAUAUGCACAUUCAGACUUGCUGCACCU